AGUUACGUUCAUUUGCCGGUCGAAGUGAACACUGUCACUGAACAGUGUGAAGCAGCCUGUGUAAAGAAACCGAAGCAGCGUUGGCUUUGAACAGAGGAAAUUACAUAAUGACCUGCUGAAGUCCCUGCCCACUUUCCAGUGCUCUUCGCGCAGCGUCUUUUUGCCGGGUGUGGUCUCAUAUUCCUCCACCCAACGCUGGAAUCUCUCUCAGCCUGUCCUGGCCAACUUAAAACAUCCUCCAGAUUCAUAUCUCUCUCAUGCGGUCUCUAAUCAUCUCCAUAUGAUGAGACGGAUGCUCUACUACUACCACUAACCGCGCCAGGGGAAAAGAGGAUUUAGUGGAGACAGUCAAGACUACAUAAGGAUGGGAAUCCUUCAAGUAUUGAAAACCCAGCUGCUGUGUCAUCUCAUUAUCUGUUAUGUGUUCCUAGUCAGUGGGUUUAUUAUCAAUCUGCUCCAGCUUUGUACUCUACCACUGUGGCCCAUUAACAAGCAACUUGCACGCAAGAUCAACUGCAGAUUGGGUUAUUCCGUUUCUAGCCAAUUGGUGGCUUUGUUGGAGUGGUGGUCCGGGACAGAAUGCACACUUUACACAGAUCCAGAAAGCUAUCCUUUCUAUGGCAAAGAAAACGCCAUUGUUGUCCUCAAUCAUAACUUUGAGAUCGAUUUUAUGACCGGCUGGACCUUCUGUGAGAGAUUUGGGGUUUUAGGGAGCUCAAAGGUUUUGGCAAAAAAGGAACUUUCCUUUGUUCCUGUGAUUGGCUGGAUGUGGUACUUCCAGGAAAUUGUCUUCUGCAAAAGAAAAUGGGAAGAGGAUCGCAAGACAGUAGUGCAAAGCCUGCGCAACCUUCAUGAUUACCCAGAAAACUUUUGGUUCCUGUUGCACUGUGAAGGCACACGUUACACAGAAAAGAAGCACAAGAUUAGUAUGGAGGUGGCAGAGAAGAAAGGUCUUCCCAAACUCAAGUACCACCUUCUACCUCGGACCAAGGGCUUUUGUGUCACGGCCCAGAACCUCAGGGGAACGGUUACUGCUGUGUACGAUUCUACACUUAAUUUCAGAAACAACGAAAUGCCAACUUUACUAGGAGUGCUCAAUGGGAAAAAAUACCAUGCUGAUUUAUAUGUGAGGCGGAUUCCUCUGGACACAAUCCCAGAGGAUGAGACUGAAUGCGCGGCCUGGCUUCACAAACUCUAUCAGGAAAAAGAUGAAUUCCAAGAGCAUUACAGAAAGACAGGACAUUUUCCGGGUCCCAUUACAAGUCCUCCGCGCCGACCUUGGGCCCUGCUGAACUGGCUCUUCUGGGUCUGUUUGCUGGUCUACCCUCUCUGCAUGUUACUGCUCCAAAUGCUGCUAUCAGGAUCCACCUUCACUGUCAUCUGUACAUGUGUCUUCUGUCUAGCAGUGUCCGUUGGUAUCCGCUGGAUGAUUGGACAGACCGAGAUUGACAAGGGUUCGAACUACGGGAAUAAAGAGAUGCAAAUAAACAAUAACUGAGACAUCCACCAGGGCAAAACGAUCAUGCUACUUUACAGUCAUGAGGGCAUUUUCACAACGGGAACUACCAUUAGCCAAGUCCAACUGCCGUCGUUAGUGAAAUUUGAGGAAGUCGUGCUCAUGCUGUUUUCAGAAAGAGUUGUUUAAAUAAUUUAAAAUGCUUCUGCAUUU